GUGAAAUGGAUGACAUGCCACUUUCACUGAAAAUAGAUGAAAACUUCAGUGAAGAAUUAUUAGGUAAAAGUAAGGAAAUUUUAGAAUAUAGGGUUUUUUUUGUUUUUUUAUCGUGAAUACAUUUUAAUGUUUUAUUUUGCAAUCUAGAUUUCAGGUGAUCUCAUGAAGCUGCUUCUAUUAAAGGAAUUUAGACAUCAUGAGAAAGACAUGUAUGUAGGUAAAAUUACACAUAAAAAAGUAUGGGAUAAAAUAGCAGAAACUAUGAAAGCGAAAGGGUAUAUAGUGACAGGCAGGCAGUGCAGUACAAGAUUCAAUACAAUGAAGCGUACGUAUAAAGGAAUCAAAGAUCACAAUAAUAAAUCGGGUAAUAAUAAACGGACAUGGCGUUAUUAUGAGAUUAUGGACAAUUUUCUCGGCACAAAACCGUACAUGAGUCAUAUAUCAACGAUGUCGUCUACUGGUUCCGAAAUUUCAAAUAUUUACAAUAGUAACAGCAACUCAUCCAAUAGCUCUAUCUCCUGUAUCUCGGAUGUGGAUGACAGCAACAUUUCUCGUAAACGUAAAAAAACUGAUCUUGCAAGUGCAAUUGUAGAAAGUCAUGCAAUAGCAGAAGACAGAAAAGAUAAGAGACAUAAAGAAAAAAUGGAAUUGAAAUUAAAAUUAAUGGAGAAGCUGGAUAAAAUCUUAGAAAAAAUAUAA